UGGCCAAUCUCCGUCAGGGGCACAGACGGAAGAGAGAGAAACCGAAAAGACGGAGGAGCUGCUAAGCAAAGGGCUUGUGGCAGGAGGGCUCCGUAUCAUUGAAGAGGCUCGGGAUUCAGAGGCUGCAGUGUUACAAGGAAUGGACGUUGGAGCUGAAGUGCUGAGUAAUCUAGGGAGGUUGUACGAAACCCAGAAAGAGACCUGGGUUCAAGCAUUACAGGCAAUUGAGAGGCCCAAGCCUGUGUCGGCAUACGAGAGUUGUGGCUUCGCCUUGGAACACGCGACGAUUCAAACGGAACUGGAGGGGCACACUGGUGAAAGGUAUCAGAACUUGCACACUAAAGAUUUCCAGGGCCUCGUUGGAGCCAAGAGGAGGAGGAAAGGACACAUCGGAGAGACGAGCAAAAGAGUGCUGGAGAAUGUUUUCCGUGUGAAACAGUUCCCGAAUUCAAGAGAAAGAGAACGUAUUGCACUACGAUGUGGACUGAGCACUCAGCAAGUCAGAGUGUGGUUUACCAAUAAGCGAGCUAGAAGUAAGAACAAAACCUAG